AAACACAUCCCGAGCACUGGAUCAUUCUCUACUCAUGUUUAAGAUUCCGAUCGGUUGGUCAAAAGCCUUUUUCUGUCUCUAAAAGUCCGUUUUAUGUAGGUCUAAUGUCAGAUUUUCCCCUCUUGCCCUUAGAGGGGGAGGAUCUAACUGCGUUGAGUCACGCAGCUGUCAAAGAUAGCUGUCACCCAAUUUCCACAUCAAACACACACACACACUCUGAAUGAGAGACGCACAGCCUGUCGCAGGUACCCCGACAAUGUGUUGCGUCUCCCACAAAUGAAAAACGCGCUCCGCGGCUAUUCUUCGAUAUAAGAAAUACCCGCGAUACAUCAUAACAAUCUGGAGUAAUACAGUUUUGUGAUUGAAGCGAGGAACAACCAACGCUUUGGGAAUAAAUUCGACCUCCUCGUUGCCAACGUGAAAAGGGGAAUUUUGACGGACAUGAAGACCAAAAAGGGUGUUCUGGCCAUGUCUGGCAGCGAGACAGAAGAUGAGGACAGUUUGGAUGUGCCUCUGGACCUUUCUUCAAACGGAGGAGGGUCAGGGAAGAGGAAGAGGAGAGGAAACUUGCCCAAAGAGUCAGUACAGAUACUUCGGGACUGGCUCUACCAACAUCGGUACAAUGCCUAUCCAUCAGAGCAGGAAAAGGCCCUGCUCUCAAAGCAGACCCAUCUCUCCACACUACAGGUGUGUAACUGGUUUAUAAACGCUCGGCGGCGACUGCUUCCUGAGAUGCUCCGGAAAGAUGGCAAAGACCCCAACCAGUUCACCAUCUCCCGAAGGGGCAGCAAGGGCAGUGAGAUGCUCAGCGACAACUCUCAGUCCCCCAAACAUGGCCUGCUCGCUAACGGAGAAGACCGCAGCGGUUAUGAGCCUGGCUCACCUCACCCGACCAGCAACACGCCCAUGUCUAACGGUUUCUCCAAAAAUACCCUGUCCUCCAAAACUCCUCCCUCACCUGGACCUGUCUUACCCAGACCCUCCGUCAUCUGCCACACCACCAUCACCACAGCCACGCAAGGUAUCAGCACAGCGACCCAAGGCACGCGAGUGCCAGGUCUAGGCGUAGAGGGAGCCACAGAGCUGCCGGUCACAGAAGCAGCAGCCCUGUUCAUGUGUCACGGGAGCAUCGGGGUUAGUGGAGAGGGGAACGUCAGUCCUCAGAGCGGCCUGUUCAACACCCCACCACCCACCCCACCCGACCUUACCCAGGACUUCAGUGGCUUCCAGUUGUUGGUUGAUGUGGCGCUGAAGAGGGCUGCAGAAAUGGAGCUGCAGGCAAAACAGCUUCUUGCCUGAAGAUGGACGGAGGACAGAAAAGACGGAUGAAAGAGCUUCAUCUAUGUUUCUUUCUAGCUCCCCAGUCUCUUGCCCCCCUAAAACUCCAGUUCAAAAGUCCAAAAAACUUGACUGAGCAACAGAAAGCAAACAAGCAUGGCCUGAUCAUUUCUAUUUUUGGUAAUUGUAAAUCAAAUUGAUGAGGAUUCCUUUAUGUAAAGCAUUUCAAGGUGCCUUGGCAGUCAGUUCUUUUUUUUGUAUUCCAUAUAUAUGUAAAUACAUAUGUAUCUUUUUUGUUUUGUACAUGGGACCAAAACCAAACACCGUAAAAACAACUUCCUGUCUUUCCUUUAUUGGAGAAGACAAGUCCUUCUCCACUUCUCCUCAUACCUCAUGAGUCUUUCUUUUUCGUUUUCAGAGAUUUUGCUCUAUGAUUGUCGAAUUUGCCAAAUUUUUUAGAAAACACGUAUUGUUUAUUCUGCCUCAUUCUUCUUCUUUUUUUGCACAAAACAACAGGUCAUCUCAGUAUCUUAUCAACUCUAGCUUAUUCUCCAACAGACUAUAAUCACUACUGCACCGGGUCAUUCUGUGUCAUCUUAUGUUCAGUUUUUGUAUUGUUUUUGUUUUAAAUGCUGUCUUUAGUAUUUUUUUUCCCUUUCAUUUCUAUUGAGGGAUAUUCAGAUGUAGCAGAACUAUAGUCUGAGAUUUCCUCUGAAUACUCAGUAUAGAAACGGCCAGUGAAUGUGCCCACAUGUGCCCCAACCCUUCCCCUUAACGCACACACACACACACACACACACACUCAUUCAAAUACACACUUUGGACAAGUGAGCUGGAAGAAUGAACACUACAUGAAUUGUAUUAAGUUUUUUUGUUUUAUCAAGUUGAGACCACUUUCAGAGGAUAGAUGGAAAGAAUGGCUUUAUGUCACCAAAUAUAUUCAUUUAAAGGUUUUGGGACCUUAGAACAGUGCAUUUACAGUAGCCAAUGUGACAUGAUGCCCAAUUAUGUGACUUCUCCUCCUUACUGUGCAAUGUAUGUGGCAAAUAGGGGUCACAUGGUGUUUAAAUAAAGUUUUGUUUUCUACAAAAAAGGGCCUCCAUCUUUUCACUUUUUAACAGAUUUUAUUUUUAACAAUGUCCUUGUAGGCCUUGUAUAGGCUUUUUUAAAAGUUUAUCUUCGAUUAUAUGGAUUUUUCACAACUGUCUGUAAGUGUUAUCUAAUACCAUCCAAAAUUAUGCACAGAUAAUGUUCAGUUCUGGUGGCUUUUCCAAGUGUUUACAUGACACAAAUGUUAUUUAUACAGGCAUAUGCCAUUUGUUGUUUAUUUUUGUUUUUCUCAGAUUUCUCGAAACUGGAAUAUUGGCUUAAUCUGGUUAUGACAAGCAGGUUAAUGUGUGUACUUGACGCUUACAUUAUCAGAAAAUUAUUAAAUUCUGAUAAUUGUGUGCAUGCAAAUGCAGUUAAUAACUAUGUUUACAUGCACAUAAUUUUCUGAUUAAGCCUUUAUUCUUAAAAUGAUGUUUACAUGCUUCAUCUGGCCUCCCAAAGCUAUUGGAUAACCAAAGUAUGGACCUUAAUCAGAAAAUGAUGUGCAUCUAAACUUAAUCAUUGUGUAUUUUUGUAGAUGGAAAAUUGUUGAAAGGUUUCAUGUUGAUUUAAAGUUCUAAACAAAGACAAUCAAAGUAAAAAUCAUAUAUAUAUAUAUAUUUAAUUAAGCAUAUUUCCAGUAGUGCUUGAAAAAUCUAAUAAAACA